AUGGCAGCCUCUAAAUACAAAUGCUCCCUUCAGAAAAAGCUCAACUCGGAGCUUGUUAUGGUUGUCAGCAGUCUAAAAAAGCAGGACGCCUGUCUGAAGAAGACCCUGGCUGAGCUGUCGCAGCAACAUUCACAACAUAAUAAGCUACUGGAGAGAUUCCUCAGUCUUCAAAUCGAAAGGCAGGAAAGAUGUCAACCGGUAGCUAAUGAGGAGAAUGCUGCUUUGCCAUCAGAGCAGUCAUGUAAAAGAGAAAGGAACCCGAUGGACGGAGCCUCGGCAGUGGAUGAACAGGCUUCCACCAGCGAUCAAGCUGUGACAGAGCUCCAAAAUCAACUCAGAGAUGCCUUGGAAAAGAACAAGCAGUGGCUGGAAUAUGACCAGCAGAGAGAGGCCUGUGUGAGGGCGAUUCUGGCCAGAGUGUUAUGGCUGGAGAGGCAGCUGAACGAAGCCAAUCAGGCCCUCUCACAGCAGCACAAUGAGGAGCAUUCAGAUGAGAAAGAGAGAGCAAACCAGAUGCAGGAGCACUAUGAAAAACUCUUGCAGAAAGCCAAAAACGAACAGAAAGUGCUCAGGGAAAGCCUUGACAUGGCCAACGACAACCUGAUAAUCACCCAAAACUGGUGUGAGGAAAGGGAAAAGGAGGUGGAGGACCUCAAGCAACAGCUGCAAAUCGAAAGAAUGAGCAGAGAAAGUCCACAGGAAGAUGAUCAUUACUCUGAGGAUGAAGAGCAACAGCUGAAGGACGAGACCAAGGACCUCCAGGGCAGGCUCGAUGAGGAAAGGCGAAGGUCGGCAAGCUUUGAGCUACAGGCAAAUGUCUUUCAGAGAAUUAUGUUAAAUCGUCACCACGCAGACCAGGAAGACAUUGCAGAGCUGAAGCGACAGAUCAAGAUUUCGUCACAAGACCUUGAGGAUGAGAGGCAGGAUUGUUCAUAUUUAAAGAAGCAAAUGAUCAGACUUCUGAAGACGCUGCAGAAAACAAAAGGCCAUGUGAACGUACAGUCCAAGAGAGACCAGCAGGAUCACAGCUCAUGCGAAGUGAUGCAGCCCCCCUCCCAGCCCUCCAGAGACAGCCUGGCAUCCUCUCCACUCAGCAGCUCGCUGAAUGAAAGCUUCCUGGAGUGUCCCAGCUGCCAUGCCGAGUAUCCAGCCAGUCACUACCGAGAACUGAUAAACCAUCUAGAAAUCUGUCUAGACUGAGCCAAAUGAAGAACCUCUUCAGUUCUGUACCUCCUGUAAUUGGGAUUGGUUUUUUUUAACCCAUGAUAUGUAACUGCAGGAACAAGUUCUCUAAAAUAAACUACAGCGUUGAGUUGUUUAGGUUCUGCCA